CAGAAGAAAGUACAAUUUCUGGAUUACCACCAAAUUUUGGGUUCAUUAAAUUAGUUUUCAUCCCAUCUCGCCCAUGCGGCCUGGGUGAAGAUGGGUUCCUCUGCUUGCUGCACAAGUCGUCAACCACCUUCCCCCGACGCCGUAUCACCUCGUCCUAUUCGAUCACCGUCAAUUACGCCAGCCAAUACUCUGAGGAAGUCUCCACGUAAGACAUUAAAUCUGAGGACCGCGGAGGCACAAACACAAGUCCCUACAUGGAGCUCGGCUACAAAAACAGAAGAUGAACCGGAAAUAAGGGCCAUUUUUGAAGGACAAUGUUUUCCUGAGAAGGAUAUAGAGGAAGAAAUAAAGGCGGUUGGCGAAGAGGAUAGCGACGAAGAUGACGAAGACGAAAGGCAGCAGGAGGUUAAGCCGAUGCUCAGUUCAAACACACUCAAAUCUGUUAAAAGUCGUCUAAAGAAGACAUUUUCCCGCGAAUCUGGAAUUACAAAGAAUGAUAAAAGAAGAAGUAUAGGGACAAGUGAGGAAGAGGUGGGAAGAAGAAAAGAACUAAGAAGGUUAAGACAGAAGAGAAUUGAGGAGGAAUUGAGUUAUGAAGAUGGAUAUGAUGAAGACGCUCAAUCUAUGAGUACAGUUGAUUGUCCUACUAAUCGGGCUGUUGAUAAGGGCAAGAAGAGACAGUCUAUUUUGCCAGAGGAUAGUGGGAACUUUCCGGUUUUCAGGAAGUAAGUACCGUCUCUUCAGGCUUUCAAAGAGCUAUGAUUCUAAUUGACUAUGAUAGACAAAGUUCUUCCUUCGGGUCGGAAGGAAUUGGCAAUGGCAGCAAGAUCUCUCUAUCUACAGGCAAUGUUGACAACGCGAGUAACGUGUCACUAUCUGUUUCCAAGCUCGACAAUACCAGCAAGGUAUCGCUUUUAACUCCAGCCGAUCGUGGAAAAUCUCGGACUCAUGUAGGUACUAAUGAGCCAAAUAUUAAUCUACUCAAACCGAACACUACUCCACCACGAAGAUACAGCUCACCUGGCCCUUGCCCUACACCUAGUGAAAUCGAUUUUCUUCAGCCUGGGAAAUAUCGGCCUAGAAAAACAGACAGCGAAGUUUGUCCUGGACCUUCGGCGCCACUAUCAGAUGCUCAGAGGUUGUCAGGUUUUGGUAUACCUGAUACAAAUCUGGCUUCGAACUGGCGUUUAUCAUAUACGUCCCAUAAAAGCAACCGCGGAGCACAUCUUCGACGGCUAAGUCAACAGUUUGAGGCCCCAAUUCAAUCGACCGCAGAUAUUGCUAAUGUUGGUACUCAAACAUUGCCACGUUGGCUCAAAACUCAUGGGCUGCGAUCAUCUUCUCAGGCUGUUACCAUGUCAGAAGGUAGUACUGUUCAUCAAGAGCCAUCAGUUAUGCGGCCUCCGCGCUCAGAUACUGGAUUUGGAGGCGUUGACGGUAGCGGCAGUUUUACGAAUAUUCAUCUGCAGGAUAUGGAUAUCUCUAAACGUCUUCUGCAAAGCUCCUGCUCAUCCCCACAACUUGCAAGCUGGGAAAAACAUCACCAUGAAGCUUCGGGCAUUAGCACCGCUACACAAAGCCGUGCCAGAUAUAUGCGAAAUCCAUCGGAGACAAUAUCAAUCCCUUCCUGUCCAUCAUUUGCUUUGAGUGAGCUCGCCCCUCCCAACUGGGGGAAAAUACCAAAUGAUGGGACAUCUUCAUUCUAUCCUUCCGUGGCAAAUAGCAUUCAACCUUCACCAGAAUGUUCUCGAUUCGAAUUAUCUUCUUUGGUAUCGGCGAAUAGAAGUAUUGUUGCAAUAGUAGAGCCCCAAGGUAUGGAAUUCGCAUCAUGUUCUACAAGAAAUUUCACUAAUAUUUGUAGCAAUUGAUGAGGUCAUCACACCUCUUCGUUCGCCAAUAAUGCCAGCAGCAAUGGGCGCCGAUACCCCAACCACAAUCAAUGUGUCCCUUACUAGUCUUCAUGCCCCUUUGACCAGAUACUCCGCACGACAGAUUGAUGAGAGCUCCCUCUUUGCUUCCGAAACUACUAGUUUCCGAGAACGAGAACUAGAAUUGAGCUAUAUUCAAGCACGUUUUGCUUCAUCAGACUUACGUCGACCUCCAAGUACUCCAAUUUCAAGCAAAUUCCGUGAAGAAUUUGAUAUCUCCCUUACCCCCCAACCUAAAUCUCCCUUUCAAAAACUUGUCAGGGCUUGCUCAUUGAAAAAAAGUCGUGAUGACUUGGAAGACGGUCUAUUACUAGCUCCUCCACCACAUAGAUUAGGAUUUGGGUACCGAUUUGCCUCAACUCCUACAACUCCAGCGAGAAAGAGCUCUACACGCGCCUCUACGUCCACGAAGGACGUAAUAGAGAGACGGCAGACUCCUACCAUUGAUGAUUCCAUUGAUACUCCUGUAAAAGGCAGAUUUGCCGCAUUUCGCAGGAUCAAGCGUCUUGCGAGUAUUGGCGGAUACGACGGUCCGGCGGAUGAUCGUCGAAGAAGUAGAGCUGAUUCCGGCAGUCGAAAACCAUCAGCGUUAGAUGCUAGGUUAGGUCUGGGUUCGGAGAUGACCGCCAUUGAGGCACAGCGGAAAAUCUCUAUACCUGCCAUACCACACAUUUCAUUGCCAGUCCCUGAGUCGCCAAGUGUCAACAAAUCGAAUGCUCGCACACCUGGCCCUCUGGCUCGCAUUGCCACUUCGAUGCAUGUUAAUUCCCCAGAAAUUCAUUUACCGGGACCUAUGGCUCGCAUUGCCACUUCGAUGCAUAUUGAUUUACCUACGCCUCAUAUACCUGAUGCCGCCGCAUCACUCCUUCAUACUCCUCAUAUCGAUCUACCGACCCCUCAUAUGCCCCAUAUUCCCCAUAUCAAUGUGGGUCAUCAUGAUCAAGAUUCCGGCCCAAAAGGCAAGAAAGGUCCCAAGGCAGCACCUGCAAUUGUUCCAAUUGCUGCACCAAAGCCAAGGGGUCAAAAACCUGGCGAUAAUCCUCAAGGAGGAGCACCGCAAUGGAGAGGCCCUCGAGCUAAAAAUCGAUCCCCAAGUAGAGAGGAUAACAGGAGGAGAAUGGAUACUAGUCAAGAUGAUUCCGCUGCUGUCUGGAUGAAAGCAGUCAAAGGCGCUGUGAAUGAUAGAUCGAAAGCGCGUAAGGAUAAUCAAGAUGGAGAUGACAUUUUUGGCGAUUGGGAGGCAGAAUUGGCUGGAGUAGCAUCAAAAUCUAAAUAUGAAAGUCGAAAGUUUGGCUCUAGGGGCAAACCAAAGAUCCAUCAUAUUGAACAGUUUCCUAAAGCUUGGUGUAGAUUCCCAAGUCAUGAGAGGAAUGCUAGGGGUCAUGAAAGUGCAGGCGUGGAAGCACUAGUUGAAGCGAAGGACUUUGCUGCACUGAAAGUAGGAAAGGAGGUUGCGGGAACAGCAGAAAAUUCUUAUGGUACAAGGAGGAGAAGAAGGCCAGGUAGGAAUACUGGCAAUAGUAGCGACCCCAGUUCUAGUAACGCCUUAUCCGACGAGGAAUUGGAUGCAAUUGAAGCUGCAGAACCAUGGAUCAAGCGUUGGAGUCAGAAGAUCAAAAUUGCUUGGAUGGAUUAUAGGAUUGAAGGGGAACAAAAGAAACAUGCGUUUCACACUGGAAGCUUGGGGAGAAGAGGUUCAAUGACUAUGGACGGAAAAGUGCCAUUCCCAGAACUGGAAUUAUUGCCAAUGAGAGCACCGCCUCCACCAAGUGAAGUGGUAGACGAUGAAGCGGAUGAUUUGGAGGAAGAGAAAAAAAGAGUUGAGGCCAUCAAGAAGGCGCAGAUUAAACCGCAUUAUGAGGCGGCGGAUUUGACACAAAGUAAAGCGGGUGUCAGUGAUUUGUUGGAUAUUUUUAGUACGGGGCCUGAGGAACCGGCUGAACCAAAGAUGCCGGUUAAGAAAAAGGGCCCGAAGGCGAGGAAGGUUAAGGAUCCUUAUGCUUUGGAUGAAGACGAGGAUUUGGGUGGUGGCGGUGGUGAUGCUGAGGGUAAAGGUGGUGAAGGCGAGGAUGGAAUGCCUAAGAAGAAAGAGAAGAAGGCAAAAGAUCCAUAUGCGCUCGAUGAUGAUGACGACGAGGAUAUGCCACCUGUUCCCAAGAAAAAGGGAAAAGCGAAGGAUCCUUACGCUAUUGACGAUGAUAUGGAUGGCUCAUCUGAUUUUGGUUCUGGGGAUGAGCUGGGCAGAAUUGAUCAAAUCGUCAUGAAAGAGGUUCUAAGUGACGACGAUACGAUUGAUCAUACGCGAUUUGAGGACUCGAUGAUUAGUUUUCGUGAUCCAGAGUUCUAUCAGGAUUGUUUGGUCAUGCCAAAAGAACCAAGUCCCGUACAUGUUAAAGAAUGUUCUGUACUGUCCAGUCAUGGAAUAAUUGAAGAAGAAGAAGAAAGCCCAUCAGGUAAUGGUGCAGGUAUAAGAGUACAAGUUCAGGAAAUUGGCGAGGGGGUUAUUAAACAGAUUGAGAGGUUUAGAACGUGGAAUGGGAAAGAUUGGGAAAGGGAGAUGGGAGGUUUCCUCAUGCGAAGAGAUACGAGUGUCGGGAGAGAUAGUAUGAGGAGUGCAAAGUCUGGUUGGAGCAUGGGGAGUCAGGGGUCGAGACACACGGUUAGGAGUGUGGGGGUGGAGGUUAAGAGGUUGGAGGAUUUGGAGAGGAAAGGAGGCUUGGAGGAGGAGGUUGGACGGGAGGUGGAGGAGGUUAGAGGAGAUAGGGGAAGAGGAGUGGACAUGUUUGGAGAUGAGGAGGGGUUUGAGGGAUGGCUAAUGGAGGUGAGGUGAGAGGAAGAAGGUUGACUUUGGUUUGUGGAGGUGAGAUGGAAGUAAGUGGAAAGGAAUGCAAUUCUAGGAAGUGGUUUUAGUAAGGCAUGAAGGUAUGCUCGAACAUACAGUGAAGGUUGUAUUGAUGUAUUCAUUUUUUCAAGCUGGUUUUAUACAUAUAAGAAGAAGUAUUGGACCUAAGGGGACGGAUUAGAAUUGGUAUAGCUAG